CAUCCAGUGUGUUUAAACUUUAAGUGCUCCUAUUUCUUUUUUACGCCGAUGAUAAACAAUUCACGUAUCAUGUCUUCUAUAGUGACAUUCCCUGGCCACUUAGUCUUAAUUCUUCAGAUGCCUGGUACCUGUUUGCCUACCCGGAAGCAGUAGGUAGCUGACUAAAUCAGACCGUCAAAUUAAGCCAAGCAAAGGCAGAAACGGUAAUCUUCGCUUAUGUUCUUUCCGCAGAAGGCCCCGAUUAUAAACUACCAGCAGGUCUUAGGUCGUCACACCCAUAAGAACUUGCCGGACGUUUCCUUCCCACGCAGAGUCCUCCUCCUCUCCUGGACGCGCAGCGCACACACGCCGUCGAUUCGCCUUCAUGAGUGAUUUUCGCUUGAUCUUGCACAGAGAUUGUUCCUCCCCGAUGUUACUUUCUUUUUGCUAUGGCGACUAUGAAAAGAAAAGUAACAGAGGAGCUCAAAGUGGAUCUGGGUUAACCUCGGCUCCUUGUAACUCAGAAGACUCUGUGAUUUGACCUAUUUUUCCUCCUGUGCUAAUCUAUUUAUCCGGCUGAUCCUUUUUUCUACCUCUUGCAAUGUGUGAUUCGGCUCUAUCGUUCCUGGACGUGAUCUGGAAUUAGAGCGACACGAUCCUGUGACACCUUCGAGAUACUUUACUAAAGCAGGAAGCUACCAUGACAAGCGGGAUAUUUGAUUACAAUUUAAGGACGGUAUGUGGUUUGACUUUUAUUUAAGUUUGCCACCAAACGAUCCACUUGGGGUAAAAGUCGCUUUCGUUCAGCUAGUCCCCGGUUUCGGGGGAAAACGGAAAAAAACACGUAACUCUGGGGCUGCUGGAGUGAGAAAGAAACGUGCUUUGUCUGGAUUACUCUUAGUCAAGAAACUUUUAUAAUGCCACCCAUUUAACUUUUAAAAAGUAACUGGAAAUAAAAGCGGGGAAUAAUGGCAGUCUACUGGAGAAAGCGCCGAUCCAAGCUGAUACUUUGCAUAAUUGGAGUUUCUCUUUUGGGGUAUUUUAUUUUUCACAAGAACACGGAUGUUGGGUUGCUAGACAAAAGAUAUGUCGCAACUCGUGAUGACAUGGAGGACGAUGGAUUAAUAAAGAGGCUGGUUUAUGAAAAGCCUCCUCUGGACGUCAAUGCCCUGGGUGAGAUGGGACGAGCUGUCACACUCGACUUGAAUGAAACGGAGAAAAGGAAAGAAGAACUGAGUAUUAAAAAACAUCAGAUCAACAUAUAUGUCAGCGACAAGAUAUCCCUGCACCGCAGGUUACCAGAAAGGUGGAAUCCGCUUUGCAAGGAUGUGAAGUAUGACUAUCGCAAGCUGCCGUCUACGUCGGUGGUGAUCGCCUUCUACAACGAGGCGUGGUCUACGCUGCUGCGGACCGUGCAUAGCGUGCUGGAGACCUCCCCCGACGGGCUCCUGCGGGAGGUCAUUCUCGUCGAUGACUAUAGUGACCAGGACCACCUGAAGGAGCGCCUGGAGGUGUACAUAUCUACCCUGCGUAAGGUCCGCCUGAUCCGUGCCCGCAAGAGGGAAGGUCUGGUUAGGGCUCGUCUCCUGGGUGCUUCCAUCGCCACGGGGGACGUGCUCACCUUCCUGGACUGCCACUGCGAGAGCCACGAGGGCUGGCUGGAGCCUCUGCUCCACAGGAUCAAUGAGGAGCCGGCUGCCGUGGUGUGUCCCGUGAUUGACGUCAUUGACUGGAACACCUUCCAGUACCUGGGCAAUGCCGGGGAGCCCCAAAUCGGGGGCUUCGACUGGCGGCUGGUCUUCACCUGGCACCCUGUGCCGGCGUACGAGCAGGCCAGACGUCGUUCUCCCACGGACGUGAUCAGGUCUCCUACCAUGGCUGGGGGUUUGUUUGCCGUCAGCAGGAAGUAUUUCCAGUAUUUGGGCACAUAUGACACUGGAAUGGAGGUUUGGGGUGGGGAGAACCUGGAAUUUUCCUUCAGGAUCUGGCAGUGUGGCGGCAGCCUGGAGAUCCACCCCUGUUCCCACGUGGGACACAUCUUCCCCAAGAUGGCGCCGUAUUCCCGCAGCAAGGCACUGGCCAACAGCGUGCGUGCGGCCGAGGUCUGGAUGGACAAGUACAAGGAGCUCUUCUACCACCGCAACCCCCACGCUCGUCUGGAGGCCUAUGGAGACGUGACAGAGCGACGGAAUCUCAGGAAGCAGCUGGGCUGCAAAGACUUCAAGUGGUUCCUGGAGAAUGUGUAUCCGGACAUCAGCGUCCCAGAGGACAAGCCUGGGAUGUUCGGGAUGCUAAAGAGCAGGGGACUAUCCAACUACUGUUUUGACUACAAUCCCCCAGAUGACCAUAAUCUGUCUGGUCAUCGAGUCAUUCUCUACCCCUGCCAUGGUAUGGGUCAGAACCAAUUCUUUGAGUACACCAGUGACAAUGAGCUCCGCUACAACACCCGGGAACCCGCAGGCUGCGUCGCUGUGGACUCCGGGGAUGUCUACCUCACAGUGCACCUGUGCCACAAGUUUGGGCAGCCCGUGCCUGACGACCAGAAGCUUAUCUUCAGACAGGACGGUUCCCUCUUUCACACCCAGACGAAUAUGUGCGUGGAAGCCAUAGCCAAGGCAACUAGUGAGGGGUCUGCUCCAGCCCUUCGGCCCUGCUCCAACUCCAUCCACCAGAAGUGGUUCUUCGAGGAGAGGUCUUAGGGGCCGCUGACCUACCCGUGGUGCGGUGUGGCAAAAGGCCCUGGCCCCAGUUCUUGCUGUUGAUGGCCAUCCUGGGCCAUUCUGGAGCUGAAAUAAGCACCUCUGAGCUAUAGCAUGCUGUGCUUGACCCGUAUGGACGGUGUCAGUGUGCCUGUAGUUAAGACUGCUGUCCUAAACAUGAUUUUGUCACACUGCUAGUCAACAGGAUGCAGGUGCCACGGAGGGAAAUGAUGUUAACAAAAGAGCCUAAACAGUUGGUAAAGCUGUUUCGGAUCAGAUUCUGAUAUGCUGCCAUUUGGGAAAAACUCCUGCCUACGAACAACUCCUCUUUUGUUCAGCUGUGCACUUUCCGUAAAAAAUGACCCCUGUCUCACAUGCCGUCAUCAACAUUCAGGGGGUUGAUGUGGGUGUAGGAGAAUCUGACGGCUAUCUGCAGUUAGCUUGUAACAUAUGUCAGUAUAGAAUGGUGUUUCAAACAUGACCUCUAGAUGGCAUCCUGCUUUAAAAUUUGCUUUUUAUUUACGACCCCUUUGGUUCACUGCUGUCAUAAAUGGUUGAGGUUAGGUGUUUUUACCUUGAAAUACUAUUGGCUUCACUUUAGCAAACUACUGAGUAAUCCACACUAUGGGUUUCCAGCCCAUCUGUAGUCCAUGCUUGAUUGGACAUUUCAGUACUUGUACUCAUACAUUAGAUAAUGCACGUAAAUGUCUUAAAGUCUUUGUAAUAUACAUAGGAAAGUUAGACUUCUUGAUAAUGAAGGAAAAGUAAUCGGGAAAAAAAAACUUCAUUUUAAAUUCUAAUGAUUGAUGGGAAAACAGCAAUGGAUGAUUUAACAAGUUUAAAAUUAUAUGAAGAGAUAUAUAUUUUAAAUGAAUCUUAAUAUUAAAUACAGAGUAUACACUAUGGUUGUAAAAUGUUCAUUAAAUUGGUGUUUCUUAUGAGCAGUUAAGUGAAUAUUCUGUCUUCUGACUUGGAAGACAUUCAUGUUGUGUUAACUUACCCAAUUAUAAGUCAGUAAUUAGGACUAUGCUAAUACUAAGACAUAUUACCCUUUAUCCUGUGACAAUGGAUCAUAGAUAUUGUUGUCGCGUUUCUGUGUAAGACGAUCAGCUCAGUGUAAAGGGCCUGGUUUUAGUUCUGUGCCUUUUCUGGUGAAAAAGUUAAAUGAAGUGCCUUGUAUUUUUUUUAGUUGUAUUUUCGCACACUUUCCGCAGAAGACUUUUUGAGUGUUUUUUUUUAUUUUUUUUUUUUAAUGGCUUGCUUUUUUUCUUCUGACUCUGGCUGCUGACCUUAGAGCACAAACCACUGGACCAGCAGCUGCUAAGGGUGGGGGGGGGGCUGCUAGCAGUUACGCUAAUCCCUCAGAUGAGCUUAAUGCCAACUUUAGGGCAGGCUCGCACUCUUAAAGCUGUUUGAGAUGCUGUUCAUAUCUGCCAUUCCAGUCGCAUGCAGAAAGCCUGCCCCUUUCCUUCAGAUAGAUGCCGGCGAUGUUUUACACUCCUGUCUAUGCAAUUCCAUCAAAGCUGCAUCCCUAACUUUUUAAUUAUGCAAAAAUGGGUUCUGUAGAUCUGGCAUUUUUGGUGUUUGGAAAUUAAAUGAUUGUGGGAUUAAUUUUCUUAUGGUGCCCUGGACAAGUGAAGUAUAUGAGAUUGUCUUUUUUAUUUGCAUACAGAGGAUUAUUAUGAAUAAAUGGUGUUUGCUGGUGUAUAUGUUUUUCUAAUCAUUAAUGUUUUGAGUUUGUAAAUGUUACUUCAGGUUUAAUUUUGUAAUUUUAAUACAAUUAAAAGUGAAUAUGGGUACAGUG